AUGAAAUAGGCUCGUUUGCCUCUUCAAUAAUAGUCUCCUAGAGACAUUGGAUUUCAUAGACAUUGUUAGAGAUUUCAACCUAAGGAAAGAUCUCCAUAACCGAAUGAAGAAGAUGCUAUUGUAUAUGUUCGGCUACGUAAAUCGGGUUUAGUUAAAGAUAAAGCAUUAAAAUAUUGUUUGGCUGACCAUUGCAAAAUAGAUGCAUCAUUAACAAAACAUGGUCCUCCUAAUUAUAAAAUAUUCUCUACUUCUUUAGAUAGAUAAAAAGUUAUUUAAGGUUGGUAAAUGGUAGGAAAACUUAAAGAAAUGAGUCAUGAAAGAUAUAUAAAUGCUAAAAGAGGUGAUGGAUUAACUGAAUUUUAAAACAGAGAUGAAUAAAUUAAAUUUGAAAGAUUAAAAGAUUAUUUUAUUGGUUUAAGUAAUUCUAGUAAAUAAGUUGAACUUCCUAAAUUUUAAAUGGGAAAUGGAAAAGAACAUUAUUUUGAAUUAGCAGAUUAUUAUUAACAAAAUAAACCAUUAUCUAAGACUUUAAUUACUGAUACAGAAUCUUUUGAUGACAUUAUUCCUAAAUAUAAGAAAGAGCAUUUUAGAAUAGAACCAAAAGCUGAUAGACCAACUAUAAAAAGGACAGAAGAAGAAAAAGGAGUCAAACAACGAUUGAAGGCUUUAAAUGAAUUAAUUAAAACAUAUAAGGAAGCAAAAAGAGCUGAUGAUCCUUGUAUUGAAAUAGUAUUUUUAAGAGCUUAUUAAGGUUUUAGAUCAACAUCAUUCUAAAAAGAAAGAAGAUAGAGUACCUUAAGAAAUAGAAAGUCUGGCCAUCAUUAAAGAAAAUUAUAAUUAUGAUGAAGGAACAGCAAGUGCCAGAAAAAGAUGUAGUAUACUUAGCCAUAGAUUCUCAAAAAUUGUUCAUAAUGAUGAAUUGAUAAAAAAUUAAGUAUUUUAAGAGAAAUUAGACAAAUUUGUUUCUAAAGUUUUAGGAAGAAUUAAUUGUUAAUUUGAUGGAACACUUUUUGGUAGAAGUUUCAAGAACUCUUGA